UAAACUCUAGCCUACAUGAGCCCUGUGGCUCAGCAAGGAUUUACUUACUGUCUGGAAUGGAAUUGUGUACUGGCUGUACCAUCUGCCUCAGUGAGUGAAAAAGCAUCGAUCAAAGAAAAAGGAGACUCUGUGAUUGUCAUUGACAGCGAUAGCGAUGGUGAGAAGGAUCUUUCAGCCCGACGAAACCAUGCUCACCUACAGGCCUCUGUCCCGCAGAGUGUUAUUCAGGCUCGUCCGUCGCAUCGGCCUGCAAGUAUAGGUCGACCAACCAGCGUUGGCUUACCAACAAGUGGUACUAGGCCUGGGAGUGCUGGACGCCCUCUGUCUUCUGGUGGACAGGGACUUUCAGGCAAGCCUCCCCCUCUCACAGUUGUGCCAGUCUCCUCAAACAAGCCAACACGUACAACCGCAACAGUGACCCCUCUCAGUCAGUCGGCAAGUACGAUGACGGUAACCAGUGGCAACAGUUCCAGUAAUAAUGCCAUGAGUACGACGAGGACUUCAAGCUUCGCAGCUGCUUUGAGGAAACUCGCGAAGAAAGCCACUGAUAUCCACGAUGAACCAGUGUCUGAUACAUCGCCCUCAUCAGCAAGCCGUAAUUCUACCCCAUCUCAUAGUAGCAAGUCGUCGCACAUCAUCCCCACACCGCAUAUGAUUCCAACCAGCACACCGCCUGUGGUCACGAUUGCGCCAACGCAAACAGCGAACCAUGGAUUGGACAGCAAACGGGAGCAUGAACAUCAUCAUCACCAUCGACGACCAGCAUCAAGCGAAAGGCAUCAUAUGCGGCCACCGUCGGAGUCAUCGCACUCCAGCUCGUCACACGCCAUUCACAGCUCGUUGUGGAACAGCAAGGACAGUUCGGCCGGCCCGCAUAGGUGGGAUGAAAAACCUGUGGCUCAACUGGCAUCAACACCAGAUGAGGUGCCUAGGGGAUUUCACCCCUACCGUCAUGCUGAAGAACUUCACAAGGCCCUGCCGCCUACUCACAUGCAGUAUGAUCCAACCGGUACAUCGGUUUUUCCUGCAGGCUAUCCAUAUCACCCUGCAUUUCUACCCCCUUCUCACAUGCAGUUAUCUCAUUUAAGACUCGAUGAGCACUAUGAUCGCUAUGGAUACCCAGGAAUUCGACCUCAUUUCCUGCCUAUCUCGUCACAUCACGGUCUACCCAUGCAUCACCCUUCCAUGCACCAUCUGCUCGGAGUUCGCCACCCAAUGGAUCUGUCGCUGCAAUCAUCUCACCUUCAAGCCGCCUCGAUGGGCUCUCACCAUCUACUAGCUAUAGAUAGGGAAAAGAUGCUCCUAGAACAUAGAGAAAGGGAGAAGCUUGCGGAAGAAGUGCGACGGGAGGAACGUGAAAAGGAACGAGAAAGAGAGGAGAGAGAAACUGAGAGGAUCCGUGCAGCAGCUGCUCAUGAGCGACACAGACCGCGCUCACGAGAUGAAGAUCGUCAUUAUCAUUCCUCAAAAGAACCUCCUCCAGCGCAUCUUAAGGAAUCACAUUCUAACCAUCACAACCACCGUGUCUCGCAUCACAACGCGGACAUGAACGUCCACAUGGCACAUCAGCACCACCGUGUCAAGGAGGAAAAGUGGACCCCGAAGCCAGCUGAUUACAGGAAGGAAAUGACAGAUGGGCACAGUGUAUCCCCUCACUACAGAAACUCCUAUUUAACAACACAUGAUUCUGUAUCAAAAAAUGACCAUCGCACGUCAGACGAGAGGUCAAUGCGUGAGCAUUUGUUACGACAAGAGAGACACGUGGCAAAAAGGCAUGAACGUGAGAAGAGCAAUUCAGAGCAUAUGCGGAAGGCUCCUCUUAGAGUUGAUAUACCAACCUCAAAGCCUCCACCUCUCAUAUCACCAAGUAAGCCUAACCACGAAGACAUUUUACGACAAAAAUUUUAUGAUCGUAGGACAGUUAAUCAUGUUCACCAGGUUGCUAAUCAAUAUGAAUACGACCGGUUACCGCCAAACAAUAUAGAACCAUCCGCUCUUUCGAGCAAACGUGUGCAAAGCAAUCAUGAGAGUUUGUCUCGUAGCCCUCAUAUGAACAACUCCGAAGCAGAGAGGAUAGUUACCCCAGCUGAAAAACCAAGGAAUCCUUUGAAAUUGGAUCGCCCGAGUGUUGCAACCGAUUACCCUUAUGAUUACCGUAAACAAAGGAACAGUGAAUUUGUCCCGCAACCUAUUAAUAAUUUUACACGUUCAUGGAUGAUACCCAGUGAUCAUAAUGUGAUUAGUAAAUUGGACUUAGAAGAAAAGAAGAGGCAGGAAUCACGACAGAUCGGUAUCUACUUCACGAGCGACAGUGAGUCGGAUAGCGAAGAAGAUGUUGAGGAUAAGAAGGAACGUUACAGAACAAAAAUGGAGAAAAUAUCUUCUAAAUCCUGCUUUCCAUUGGAUAGGUCAAAAGCUAAGAUGAACUUAUUUCAAACAGUUGGCCUUGUGACCCAAAGGAAAAAGGAAGCACUUAAAUCACAAAAGAGAAUGAAAAGGAGGCAGCUUUUACAAGAGGAUUGCUUAUGCCCUGCCAAAAAAGCUAAAAUAGAAGAGCCAAGACCCGGGCUCCCUUCACCGUUGCCCAUCACAAAUGCUGAUUUUGAGCGGGAACCAGACUACAAGAGUAAAUGCCAGUUCUUUAGCGGACUGUCACUAGAGGUGGUUCUACCCGAGAGGAGAAAAGCAAUGGACAAGGAACAAUCAAUAAUAUUAGCAUACAGGGCAAAGAGAAAAGAGAAUGAAGAUAAACAGAAGGAAAAUGAACAGAACCUCAAAUUAGAGGUUUCUAAAAAAAAAAUGGAACCAGUAGCAGCUGACGCUACACAAACAGUGCAAUUAAAUAAACUUGAAUCCGAGGUUGAUGGUCGUAUAUCAACCUCAAGCCCACACCGUGCCUCGGCGGCUAGUCCAGUGGUUUCUAAUCCCAGCCCGCUUCUUCAAAUAGCGCCACCAAGGGAUCACAAGACCAGCCACAGUGUAGACAGCCAAUAUUCACAGGGUUUAAUACAUGGCAAAAUGCCCCACGAGAAAGCUGUCGGUUCAAUACGACACAAAUCAAACAAUGUUGUGCGAGAAAUAAAGAAAGAGCCGUACGAUACUGAGCCGAGAGCAACCUUAAAUUACGGCACGGACCUGUUUAGACAUUCACCCUCAAUUACAUCUGCAAAACCAAAGACUUUGGCUGAAAAUUUUGUGCAAGAAUUCCAUCAGUCGGUAUUACGGACUACCCAGGAAGCACUAGCAAACCAAAAGUCAGGUCAGAAUUCUGUAGUUUAUCAUCCAAGGGCAGAAUCGCCCAAGACAAAAAGGCGGGAAACCGUAAUCAACUUGUCCACACAGCAAGCGCCGUCAUCUGCAUCAUCACAACAGGCAGAGAAACACGCUCAAAAGGAACAAGAGAUGGAUGUGUGUAGGAGUGAAGAGGCAAGCUUCAAAUGGCCAGGCUUAGAAGUACUAAUGGAAGCAUACCGCAGACAUAUCAAUGAACACAAUAUGGAAAAAGCAAUCCUAUGCGAGCAGAUUUCCAAACUAAAAGCUCACAACUCAGAGCUGAUGAAGUUAGCAGGACAGGUUCAAUCUAAAAAACAGGAAUUGCUCAAGCGUUUUCAACGCAUUCAAAACACCGCUGCCCGUAUAUGUACCGUUGCUUGA